AUGAAGAGUGCUUUUUCACCUCCCGCCUCACCUGCUUUCACCUCCUCCCCGAUUCGCAAAAAACGGACAGUACAAAGGAGCAGAGCGCGUACGCAACAGUGGCCACACCUCACCAAACGUGGCCCCGCCACAGCCAUUGUGCGCGCUUCUGGCCAGUGCGUGGCACCAGGAAGUGGAAGGAGGAGACGACGUGGAGCAGGAGGAGGAGGAGCGGUGUGGGAGAUGGACUGUGAUGUGAAAAAAAGCUUUGCUGCCCCGCAGGCUCUGAACCGCGUCCACCCCGCUGACAAUAAGUCCACACCUUGUCCCUCACUGCGAGGUUCUUCCUGUGGAUUUAAUUCAAAACACACAUUUCAAAGCAUCUCCAUUCCAUCUGGCAGCCAAAACUCCACCCAGGCGUCACAUCCGCAACAUUUCCCAACCUGUAACCCCCCUCAGGCGCGCACGAACAAAAUUAAAGUGCACCCAGGAUUCAGGGACGCUGAUGAAGACUCAAACAGUGUGGACAGGACGACUGUUAACUUGGGGGCGCACAGUGUUAUCGAUCCAAACAGCAGCAGCAGAGAGGGGGGUGAGGACAGUCGUUUCAGGGGGAGAGAGAAUGAGAGGAGGUGUGAGGAGGAGGCUGAAGCGGUUAACACAGGUGUCUGUCGUGGAGCCGUUCUCCUUGACGCGAGGGGAAAGAGGAGAAAAGAGAAGGGGAGGGUGGGGAGGAGAGUGGGAGGACUCAAUCUCAGCGUCAAACACGUUAAUUUAACCAAUUAUCCGGAUAAUUAUUGGGCUUUUCCGACUCCGAGGCUCCAGUGUAGGUUUGAUAAAGAGAUCUGGCAGGAAUCAGCAUCCAGGGGGGAGAGCACUCCAACCCGGGGUGACACCACGGACUCUCCCGGAGUUUGCUGCAUCUGUUUGAGCAGAAAAGAAGCGGGGGGUGGAUGUUUAGAUGACGUUAUGACUCCCACAGGAGGCAUGAUACAGAAUGUCCCCGUGCUCUCCAUCCACAGCAGCCUCACCAGCAACAGCGCAACUUUUCAAAUUACAUUAAAAUAUACAAACACGAUCCUGAACGCACACAAACGGUCAAACACUGAACAUCACGCAGGAAAAGAGCUCUCCAAAUCACAGUCGGUAUGGUUCGAAACUUUGAACAGAGAUCCCGUCGUUGAGCAUUUGAUGUUAGCCACGCCCCCUUUUGUAAGCGCUAUUCUGACUGAUCACGUGACAGCACGUCACCUUUCGUAUUUUUCUGAAAUUAACCAGAGCACGUGGCUGUGGCGCGCCGUGUUUCCACGCUGGCAUCCUGUGGAGGCCAAGAGUUCAGCACCACGGACAGCUCCGGCAGAACCAAACACAGAGCACGUGUUUCUGUGGAGCCGCUUCAACAUCAACAGCAACAACAACAACAAAGAGGAAGAAGGCAAAGAGAUAAUUGGGUUUGAUCACGAUUCAGAGGCAGAGAGAUCCUCGUGGUCCGGUCAGAGGAGAGCGGGGGGAGAGCCGGUCCACCCAGAAUGCACCGGUGGGGUUUCCACGGAAUGUUCAGUGGCAGACCAAGAAUAUCACAUGCAUAUGCAAUUAAAAUCCACUAAGAAAGUGCCAUUAGAGCCUGAAGGUGUUAGACAGUCACACAGGCGGCAGAUGGGGGCUGAGGGAGAAAGCCAGAGGGAGGGAGAGAGGGGGGGAGAGGGCUUUGCUGCUGCUAUUAGAGGAGGAAAAUUACAGGUGGGGGAGGGUGACAGAGAGGCGUGGCCAGUAGGAGGGAGAGAUGAGGAAGUGUGGGUGAGGGAAAAGGGAAUAACAAAGGCAAACCAGGUAGAGGUAGUGGAAUGGGGAGAAGGAGAGAUGAAGGGGAGAGAGGCAGAGGGAGGGAAGGGUCAGGAGAGGGCCAGCAAAGAGGGAGGACAGGGGGAGGAAAGAGGAGAGGAGGAGGAGCAGAAGAGGCACAAUUCAAGGGGAGAGAGGAGUCUGGAAGGACUGAUAACGGUGGCAGAUGACGAAAGCUUGCAGGGACACGGGGAGAGGGAGGUGCUGCCGCUGUGGUCUCGUUCUCGACGUGCGGCCAACAGACAUCCUCAUUUUUCCCUCUAUAACUAUCAAGUACAGGUGGCAGAGAACCAGCCGCCCGGCACCUCGGUCAUCAUCAUGUUGGCCUCAGACCCAGACGCGGGAGAUGCAGGCCGGCUGAGCUACACAAUGUCCCCGCUCAUGAACAGCCGCUCCUCUGACUACUUCCACAUCCACCCUGACACCGGGCUCAUCACCACCACUCAGACUCUAGACAGAGAGCACAUGGAUCUCCAUUACUUCCGGGUCACAGCGACCGAUUACGGUUCACCUCGCUUCUCGGGAACCACAAUGGUGGCCAUUACUGUUUCAGACCGGAACGAUCACGCUCCCAUAUUUGAGCAGACAGAGUACAGGGAGACGAUCAGGGAGAAUGUAGAGGAGGGGUACCCCAUCCUGCAGCUCAGAGCAACAGACCUGGACUCUCCAUCCAAUGCCAAUAUCCGUUAUCGCUUUGUUGGCGAAUCAGCUGUGAUAGCACGAGCUGCCUUUGAGGUUGACCCACGCUCAGGCCUCAUUACAACCCGCGGAGCAGUUGACCGUGAAACUAACGAGCAGUACACACUCCAGGUGGAGGCUAGUGACCAGGGCAAAGAGCCAGGGCCACGCUCUGCCACCGUAAAGGUUUUCAUUACUGUCCUAGAUGAAAAUGACAACGUGCCACAGUUCAGUGAAAAGCGCUAUGUGGUGGCCGUGAAGGAGGAUGUGCGACCUCACUCUGAAAUCCUCCGUGUGAGCGCCACAGACCUGGACAAAGACAGCAAUGCGGCCGUUCACUAUAACAUCAUCAGCGGUAACAGCCGCGGCCAGUUUUCUAUUGACAGCGUCACAGGUGAAAUCCAGGUUGUGGCACCGCUCGACUACGAGGCUGAGCGGGAGUACACGCUCCGUGUCCGCGCUCAGGACAACGGCCGGCCUCCUUUGUCCAACAAUACUGGAAUUGUCAGUGUGCAGGUUACAGAUGUUAAUGACAACCCUCCAAUCUUUGUCUCCACGCCAUUUCAGGCAUCUGUGCUCGAGAGCGCCCCAGUCGGAAGUUCUAUUCUUCACAUCCAGGCCAUUGACACAGAUUCUGGUGACAAUGCCAGACUGGAGUACCGGUUAACUGGCACCAGCUCUGACACCCCGUUCAUCAUCAAUUCUGCCACGGGAUGGGUCACAGUGCGUUCCAUCCUUGACCGGGAAUCAGUAGAACAUUAUUUUUUUGGUGUGGAGGCCAGAGAUUAUGGAAUGCCGCCUCUUUCUGCCACAGCAAGUGUUACAAUCACAGUAAUGGAUGUUAACGACAACCACCCUGAGUUCCUCCAAAAGGAGUACUAUGCCCGCUUGAAUGAGGACGCAUCAGUUGGUACAAGCGUCGUAACCGUCACAGCUGUCGACCGUGAUAUCAACAGUGCGGUGACCUAUCAGAUAACAGGAGGGAACACCAGAAACCGUUUUGCCAUCAGUACUGCAGGGGGAGCUGGACUUCUUUCCUUAGCCUUCCCGCUGGACUACAAGCAGGAGCGCCGUUACGUUCUAACAGUCACUGCAUCCGACCGGACUCUCCAUGACACCUGUCAGGUGCACAUCAACAUCACAGACGCCAACACACACAGACCUGUGUUCCAAAGUGCCCACUACUCCGUCAGUGUGAACGAAGACCAGCCCCCAGGAAGCACCGUUGUGGUUAUCAGUGCCACCGAUGAUGAUGUUGGAGAAAAUGCUCGAAUCACAUACUUCCUUGAGGACAAUAUCCCGCAAUUCCGAAUUGACCCUUCCUCAGGGGCCAUAACUCUCCAGGCAGAGCUUGAUUAUGAGGACCAAAUGACCUACACUUUGGCAAUAACUGCUAAAGACAAUGGCAUACCACAGAAAUCAGACACAACAUACGUUGAGGUGAAUGUGAAUGAUGUGAAUGACAAUGCACCUCAGUUCCUCAGCCCUAGAUACCAGGGAACUGCCAGCGAAGAUGCCCCUCCCUUCACCAGCGUUGUCCAAAUUUCAGCCACUGACCGUGAUGCACACGCCAAUGGUCGCGUUCAGUACACCUUCCAAAAUGGCGAGGAUGGAGACGGUGAUUUCACCAUUGAGCCUACUUCUGGCAUUGUUCGGACUGUUCGCCGUUUGGACAGAGAAAGCGUGCCAUUUUAUGAGCUCACUGCCUAUGCAGUAGACCGUGGUGUGCCUCCUCAGCGAACUCCUGUCCACAUCCAGGUGACAGUUCUGGAUGUGAAUGACAAUGCCCCUGUGUUCCCCGCCGAUGACUUUGAGGUUUUAGUGAAGGAAAACAGUGCUGUGGGUUCAGUGGUAGCUCAGAUCACAGCCACAGACCCUGACGAGGGCACCAACGCUCAGAUCAUGUAUCAAAUUGUGGAGGGAAACAUUCCGGAAAUCUUCCAGAUGGACAUAUUUUCAGGGGAGCUCACCUCACUGAUUGAUCUUGACUACGAAGCCCGCAAUGAGUAUGUCAUUGUAGUCCAAGCCACCUCAGCUCCUUUAGUCAGCAGAGCCACUGUCCGGAUUCGACUGGUGGACCAGAAUGACAAUCGACCUACUCUGCAGGAGUUCCAGAUUAUCUUUAACAACUUUGUUUCAAAUUGGUCCAACAGUUUUCCGAGCGGGGUGAUCGGAAGGGUACCUGCCCAUGAUCCUGAUGUGUCAGACCGGCUGUACUACACCAUCGACAGGGGGAACGAGCUCCACCUGCUCCUCCUGAAUCACUCCAGUGGAGAAAUCCGACUGAGUCGAAAACUGGAUAACAACAGACCACUGGUGGCUCCCAUGAUGUUCACCGUCACAGACGGCGUCCACAGUAUCUCCGCCCAGUGCAUCCUCCGUGUCCUCAUCAUCACUGAAGACAUGCUGGGCAGCAGCGUCACCGUUCGCCUCCAGAACAUGUCCCAGGAGCACUUCCUGUCCCCGCUGCUGGGUCACUUCCUGGAGGGCGUGUCAGCGGUGCUCUCAGUGCCAGUUGAGGAUGUUUUCAUCUUCAACAUCCAGCCGGACCUGGAUGCUGCACCAGGAGGGAUGGGCAUCCUGAACGUUAGCUUCUCCGUUGCAUUGCCAGGGGGACAGUUCUUUCCCUCUGAGGCCCUGGAGGAACAACUCUACCUGAACAGACCGCGGCUGACGUCGCUAACUCAAAUGGAGGUCCUGCCAUUUGAUGACAACGUGUGUCUGCGUGAGCCGUGCCAGAACUACAUGAAGUGCAUCUCCGUGCUUCGCUUCAACAGCUCCGCCCCCUUCAUCUCCUCAGCCUCCAUCUUGUUCCGGCCCAUUCACCCCAUCGCGGGCCUCCGCUGCCGCUGCCCGGUGGGUUUCACGGGUGAUUACUGUGAGACAGAGAUCAACCUGUGCUACUCCAACCCUUGCCUAAACGGAGGGGUGUGUGCCCGCAGAGAGGGGGGGUACACGUGCAUCUGCCGUGAGGACUUCACAGGUGACCGGUGUGAGUUUGAUCGGCGGCAGGACAGGUGUGUGCCGGGUGUGUGCCGUAACGGAGGGACGUGUCGGGAGGUCUCUGGUGGGGGUUUCCGCUGUGAGUGUCCAGCUGGGGGCUACGAGCGUCCGUACUGCACUAUCACUGCUCGCUCCUUCCCACCCAAGUCCUUCGUCAUGUUCCGAGGCCUGAGGCAAAGAUUUCACCUCUCCAUCUCAUUAACUUUUGCGACCUUGGAGAACACUGGCCUGCUCUUCUAUAACGGACGCUUCAACGAGAAACACGACUUCAUCGCCUUAGAGAUCCAAGAGGGACAAGUGGUGUUGAAGUAUUCCACAGGGGAGUCGUCCACUCAGGUGAGCCCGUUCUUACCUGGUGGCGUCAGUGACGGCGACUGGCACACGGUUCACAUCCACUAUUACAACAAGCCAAAGCGCAGUUUGAGCGGCGCGGCCCAGGGGCCGUCAGACGAGAAGAUCGCCGUGGUGAGCAUUGACGAUUGUGACACAGCCUUGUCACUUCGCUUCGGUACACACCUGGGAAACUACAGCUGCGCCGCACAGGGCAAACAGACCAGCAGCAAGAAGUCGCUGGAUUUGACUGGCCCCUUGUUUCUCGGCGGAGUUCCAAACGUACCCGACAACUUCCCGUUUGGCUCCAGGGAGUUUAUUGGCUGCAUGAAGGACCUGCACAUCGACAACAAGCCCCUUGACAUGGCUGGAUUUAUCGCUAACAAUGGAACGCUUUCCGGCUGUAGUGCGAAGCUUCCAUUCUGCAAAUCGAACCCCUGUCAGAACGGAGGAACGUGCAGGGUGAGCUGGGAGACCUUUUUCUGUGACUGCCCCCUGGGGUUUGGAGGGAAGGACUGCAGCCAUGUGAUGCCACACCCCCAACGCUUCCUGGGUAACAGCGCCCUCUGGUGGGAUCUAAAGAAUGAUGUAAUCAUCUCCACCCCCUGGUACCUGGGCCUGGUGUUCAGGACCAGAGCUCGAGAGGGGACGUUGCUGCAGGCUCAGGCGGGACAGUACAGCAGCCUGUUGUUCCAGGUGAUAAAUGGUCAGUUGGUGUUCUCGGUAACCCGCGGAGCAACCAGACCGGUGCGUUUGCGUUUGGACCAAGUUCAGGUAGCAGACGGUCAGUGGCACGACCUCCAGCUGGAGCUGCGAGAUGUCCGCAGCGGCCGUGAAACACGCUAUGUUGCCACUCUGCGGCUUGACUUUGGCCUGUAUCAGGGAACAGUGAUUGUGGGAAAUGAGAUUCAUGGUUUGAAGGUUAAACAUCUUCAUGUGGGCGGCGUGCUCGGCUCUGGAGAGGUUCAGAAUGGCAUAAAAGGCUGCAUACAGGGCAUUCGCUUAGGAGUCCGGCCGGAUGCCCCACCCCUGUCCCGCCCAUCAAGGGCUGUCAAAGUGGAAACCGGCUGCAACGUGGGGAACCCAUGCGUUUCUUCCCCUUGCCCUGCCCACAGCCACUGUUCGGACCAAUGGGAGCGGCACAGCUGUGUCUGCGAGCCCGGUUACUAUGGAAAAGGCUGCACUGACGCCUGCCACCUCAAUCCAUGUGAAAACGAUGCACAGUGCCACAGGAAGCCCAGCUCCUCCCACGGGUACAUCUGCGACUGUGGAGACAACCACUACGGGCAGUACUGCCAGUACAGGAUUGAUCACCAGUGUCCCAGGGGUUGGUGGGGGUCUCCGACCUGUGGACCUUGUCACUGUGACACCAGUAAGGGCUUCGACCCCGACUGCAACAAGACAAGUGGACACUGUCGCUGCAAGGAGUUUCAUUACCACACACGGGAUUCUGAGACAUGCCUGCCAUGUGACUGCUACCCAGUCGGGUCCUUCUCACGGUCAUGUGACCCGGACACAGGCCAGUGCCCGUGCAGACCUGGCGUCAUUGGUCGCCAAUGCAACACAUGUGACAACCCAUUUGCCGAGGUCACAAACUCUGGAUGCGAGGUUAUUUAUGACGGUUGUCCAAAAACCAUCACACAAGGGAUCUGGUGGCCUCGGACCAAGUUCAACCUGCCAGCUGCAGUUCCCUGCCCCAAAGGCUCAGUUGGUGCAGCCAUCAGACACUGUGAUGUGGAGAGAGGCUGGCUGGAGCCGGACCUUUAUAACUGCACCUCUCCUCCAUUUGUGGAGCUCAAUACUGCUCUUGAUUCUCUGGAGCGUAAUGAAACAGAGCUGAGCACCAUCCUGGAGAAGAAACUCGCUCACCAACUCCGUGAUGUUACUGAGGCAACCGUCCGACUUUACGGCAACGACUUACAGAUCGCCGAACGACUGCUGUCGCGAAUCUUGACCUUUGAGACCCAACAAAGCGGCUUUGGACUCACCGCCACUCAGGAUGCACACUUUAAUGAGGUAAAAAAAAAAAAAAAAACACAUUUCUGUUCUCUCGGUUCCGGCACACUGGGUUCUGGUUUUUCAGGCUAUCAGGGUUUAUUGCAGAACAUAUUCUAUAAGUACUGA